CGGAGCUUUGCGUCGGUCCGUGUGGACGCGUACCGAUGGUACCGGCCGGCUGGCCGGCCAGCCAACAGGGCGCCGCGCCGCCGCCGGAGACGAACGACAGUGGAGCACAAGCAAGCCGUUUGUGGAGAAAACUCCACAGUGCUAAUGUAGCUGGAGUAGGUACGUACUGGGCGGCAUAUGCAUAACGGACGGACGGACGGAUCACGGCUGUGGUUCGGUUCGUUUUCGCCUUGCACGCGUCGGCACGCACUACGUGGCGUACGCGUGUCUGCCGGUGGCGCCCAGCUAUGCUAGGCACAUGCAUGUAACACACAUGACACGGCAGUCGGCAGGCACGCGCUACAGCUCGAUCGUGUCGUGUGGCAGCAGAUGCAGAUCCGACUGGCAUGGCAGAGGGAGGGAGGGAGGGAGGGAGAGCAAGGCGCAUGACUACUACUACUUUAAAAGCCGACGUACGCCGGCCUGCUCCUCCCGUCGCCGCCGCAGAUCCAUUACUACUACUUUCAAAGCUAGCUGUUCAUCGAUAUCAGGGUUCAGGGGGAUCCAUCGGAGUUGCACGCUGCUUUUAUCUGAAGAAGAUGUUGUUCAGAGCAGUGCAGCACGCCCUCAGGCAGGGAAACAGCCGAGCUGGGGCGCCGGUGGUGGCCCUGCUGCCCGGCGUCGGCGUCGCCGCCGGCCACUUCUCCACGGCCACUACUACAGCUGAUGACUCACAGAGGCUGGCCGGUAAGGUGGCCCUGAUCACGGGCGCCGCGAGUGGCAUCGGUGCGGCGACGGCGCGGGAGUUCGUCCGCGCCGGCGCCAAGGUGGUCCUAGCGGACGUCCAGGACGACCAGGGCCGGGCGCUAGCCGCGGAGCUAGGCGCCUCCUACACCCGCUGCGACGUCACGGACGAGGCCCAGGUGUCGGCCGCCGUGGACCUGUCCGUGGCGCGGCACGGCGCGCUGGACGUCGCCUUCUGGAACGCCGGGGUCGUGGGUUCCCUGUCGCGUCCGGCGCUGGGCGCGCUGGACCUCGCCGACUUCGACCGCGUCAUGGCGAUCAACGCGCGGGGCGUGGUGGCCGGGGUCAAGCACGCCGCCAGAGUCAUGGCGCCUCGACGCCGCGGCAGCAUCAUCUGCACCGCUAGCAUCGCCGGCGUGCUCGGGUCCAUCACGCCCCACCCUUACAGCGUCUCCAAGGCCGCCGUGGUGGGGCUCGUGCGCGCCGUCGCGGGGGAGCUCGCGCGCUCCGGCGUGCGCGUCAACGCCGUCUCGCCGAACUACAUCGCUACGCCGCUCGUCAUGCGGAUUCUACAGGAGUGGUACCCGGAGAGGACCGCCGACGAGCACAGGCUCAUCGUGGAGAAGAGCAUCAACGAGAUGGAAGGCGUCGUGCUCCAGCCGGAGGACGUGGCCAGGGCGGCGCUGUAUCUGGCGUCCGACGAGUCCAAGUACGUCAACGGACACAACCUCGUCGUCGACGGCGGGUUCACGGUGGGGAAGGUGCCCAACAUGCCGCCAUUUGCGCAGGGAGCUGUAGCGAAUAAUUAAUGGAUCGGAGGGCUGCAAUGGCUUCAUUCGCGUCUUCUUUUUCGUGAACCAAAAAACUUUUGAAUAAGCUGUCUCUUGCAUGCGUAUGUUUUGUUUUGUGACAAGCGAACAAAAAUCCAGCAGCAAUAUUCGCCGUUCUCUCGAUCGGUUCUUCAGCAUUUGAAUUGAAACGCCGUAUCAGGCCAUUUGUUGCUUGUAAUAUCUUCCAAUAAUUAAUUUCAUUGGACUACGGAUUUACACUUUGCCCUGCAA